AUGGACAGUGACUUGGACAAUGCACUGAUCCAAAGCGAAGCCUUGUACUGCCUACGUCGCGAGCAGCUUGUAAAUCUGUGUAAGCGCCGCGGCAUCAAAGCGCGUGGCAAAGCACCCGAACUGGCGGACUUGCUGCGUCAGAGUAUCCAAGUUCAUCAGGCUAGUUCACCUAAACCAAUGUCACCUGCGCUUGCCGAAUUGCCUCAUAGCUCUCCAAGAGCUUCAUCUCCCUCGAUAAAGAGCCCGCCUAUGCCAUCACAGAGCCCUGUGCUUCCUCCGCAUACCGAGCAAUCAAGUCCAUUGCUGCAUCAGACCGUUAUGAAUCGCACCACUAGCCGCUUGUCAACUCAUUCACGUUCUAGCCAUGUGUCCUCAAUCAUGGCUAGCCCGCCUGUUGAUUCGCCAUCAUCUCCCGUCGGUAUUACUACACCCAGAGUCUCCGGGCGUGGCUAUGCUAGGUGCGCAAGUCCCCAGCCGAGCCUGCCCGAUAUGUUACCCAUGCAGAUGAUCUGCGAGAUUCCAAAUCAGGGCACCGAUGUCGGUAUUGAUUCAAACUCCGCAACUGAGAAAGAGUCACCCGACCGUACUAACACGUCCGAAGAUGCCCUUGAUUGGCUCAUCAGCGCCAUAAACGAUCAACCUAAUGCGUCAGAGGGCAAUGCGCCAGAAGUCGGAGCUUCUGCGAGGCCAAAAUCAAAGCAUGUUUCCAUGGAUGACGACUCGCGUACAACGAAAAAAGAGCGACCCGCUUCUGCGAUGGAGCUGCGCCGUCAGGACCCAGCGUCUCCAAGGCCAACUUCACCGCAGCCAAGGCCAACGACAUCUUUGGACGAUACACGAGCAAUGUCACAUGCUCACGCGCACUCAGCAGCUUCGUCUAUAUCUACACCGCUCACGGAUAUACCCGCUUUUCAAGCAGUGUCGGAUUCCCGUGAUGAGUCUAGUGCCCUCACCUCGAUUGUGCCAGCUUCGCUCAGGUCGUGUUCGCCCGUCCCUUCUUCAAAUGAGAAUCGGCAGUAUGGCUUACUGAGUCACGAUAAUUCACAUCAUGACAAAGCCAAGGCACCCUCAGCACUCACUUCUGCCGCCAAUCUCGAAAAUGUUAAAGACGUAUCAAAAACACAGUUCCAUAAAGUCUCUAAGAUGGCACGCCGAAUGCGAUCCAUCCUAGAGUCAACGUCACCUGCACAGGCUACGAACUUGAAUGAAUUUUUGCAUUCAAAGAGCACUAAGCGUGCAAAGUAUGCACAGGCAGAAUAUGAGGGCGUGGCGGAUCCUGUACUGCUGAGACAGGCACUGUAUUCCUCUUCACGAAUGCCUACUACGACAGUGCCUGUGAUCCAUACUAGCCGAGCUGAAGCAGAUGAGAAUAAGCCGCCCAUGGCAAUUGAACGGGCGCGUUCGCUUCGCACGACAAGAAAAUUCGAUGCCACUCGUAGGUCCGUCCAACGCAGUGCUCAAGCUGCGCCUAUGGACAAACUUAGGCUAGUCAAUGCCCUACGAUAG